AUGAAGCAGAGAUUCUCGUCGCUAGACGUCAAGGUCAUCACACAGGAGCUGGCCGCGGAGUUGGUCAACCUCCGCGUGUCCAACAUCUACGACCUCUCCUCCCGCAUCUUUCUCUUCAAGCUCGCUAAGCCAGACCACCGGCGCCAACUCAUCGUCGACUCCGGCUUCCGCACGCAUGUCACACAAUACUCUCGCACCGCGGCGUCCGCCCCCUCACCCUUCGUAACCCGCAUGCGCAAGUACCUCAAGUCACGGCGCAUCACUGGGAUUACGCAAAUUGGCACCGACCGGAUCAUCGAUAUCUGUUUCAGUGAUGGCACACACCACAUGUUCCUCGAGUUCUUCGCGGGAGGCAACAUCAUCGUCACUGACCGCGAGUAUACCAUCAUCGCGCUGUUCCGACAGGUCGCUGCUGGUGAGGGGGAAGAAACGAAGGUGGGAUUGAAGUAUACAGUAACCAACAAGCAGAAUUAUGAGGGUGUUCCGGAUAUCACGGACGAACGCGUGAAGGAAACGCUAGAGAAGGCAAAGGCGCUUUUCGCGAAGGGGGAUAGCGCGCCGAAGAAGUCGAAGAAGAAAAACACGGAUGUGCUUCGAAAAGCUCUUUCUCAGGGCUUCCCAGAGUAUCCACCGCUUCUACUGGAUCAUGCUUUUGCCGUAAAGGAGUUUGAUUCAGCGACGCCGCUUGAUCAGGUUUUAAGCGAUGAACGCGCUUUACAGACGGUCAGGAGCGUGCUCGAGGAGGCCCAGCUGGUCUCGAACAGCUUCAGCGUUGGCGAUAUCCAUCCAGGCUAUAUUAUCGCAAAGGAAGACAAGCGAUCAUCCGCUGAUGGUGAGAGUUCCUCGAAGACACCAGGCCUUCUGUACGAGGACUUCCACCCCUUCAAGCCGCGGCAGUUUGAAGGCAAGCCGGGGAUCUCGAUCUUGGAGUUCGAGCGUUUUAAUGCCACGGUCGACGAGUACUUCUCAUCUCUGGAGUCGCAGCGACUGGAGUCCCGACUAACGGAGAGAGAAGAGGCAGCCAAGCGCAAGCUGGACUCCGUUCGAGAGGAGCAUAAGAAGCGCAUUGAUGCUCUGAAGGAUGUACAGGAGCUUCAUAUCCGCAAGGCUGCUGCCAUUCAAGACAACAUGUACCGGGUCCAGGAGGCAAUGGAUGCUGUGAACGGCCUGGUAGCGCAAGGAAUGGACUGGGGCGAAAUCGCGCGUCUGAUCGAGAUGGAACAGGGCCGAGGGAACCCGGUAGCUCAGAUCAUCAAACUCCCUCUGAAACUCUACGAGAACACAGUCACUCUUUUGCUCGGAGAGGCUGGUGACGAGGACGAGGACGAGGAAGAGCUUGCCUCCGGCGAUGAAUCGGAUUCUGACUCAGAAAGCGAAGAAUGGGAGUUGCAGCAGCGUGCAGCCGCGACGUCGAGAUUGUUAUCUAUCGACAUUGAUCUUGGCCAGACGCCUUGGGCGAACGCUUCGCAGUACUACGACCAGAAGAAGCAGGCGUCUGAGAAGCAGCAGCGGACCGCCCAGUCUUCCACCAAAGCUCUCAAGAGCCACGAGAAGAAGGUAACAGCCGAUCUCAAGAAAAGCCUGAAGCAGGAGAAGCAAGUUUUGCGCCAGGCCCGCGUGCCCUUCUGGUUCGAGAAGUUCAUCUUCUUCAUCUCCUCCGAAGGCUACUUAGUGCUUGGAGCCCGCGACGCCCUGCAAAGCGAAAUCCUCUACCGCCGCUAUCUUAACAAAGGCGACAUCUUUAUUCACGCUGACCUCGAAGGCGCCCUUCCCAUUGUAGUGAAGAACCGCUCCGGGAGUGCAGACGCACCGAUUUCUCCCAGUACCCUCUCGCAGGCAGGUAAUCUGUGCGUGUCGACAUCAACUGCUUGGGACUCCAAGGCCGUCAUGUCCGCGUGGUGGGUGCACGCAAACCAGGUCUCGAAGACUGCGCAGGUGGGCGGUGGCAUCUUGCCUGCAGGCCGCUUUGAGGUGAAGGGCGAGAAAAAUUUCCUUGCACCCUCACAGCUGGUUCUAGGUUUCGCUGUUUUAUGGCAGGUUAGUCAGGAGAGUGUGAAGAAUCAUAAGCAACGAUUCGAGGCGGAAGAUGCACCUGUGGAGAGUGUGGCUGCAGAGGUUAAGGAGGCGCCUCAUGCUGAGCAUGAGCCUGCUACGGAAGAAACCGCGCUCGCGGAAGUGGGUUCGGAUGACAUGAAGCAGGAGGCUCCUCAAGCCGAGCUACAAGAAGACAAGAGCUCCGGGGAUGAGGAAGAAGAUGAUGAGGAUAAGACGGCUGCCAGAAACCCACUCCAACGCGGCGAUGCGCAACUUCCUGUCAGUCCAGAUCAGCAGGUAAUUGAGUCUGAGCCCGAGUCUGAGGCAGACGGUGAGGGUGAUGCCAAGGAGGAAGUAGAGCUGGAGUCCGUGCCAGAAGACCAGGCCGCUGAGGGUGACGAGGGCGAACGGGGAAACGAAGAGGCCUCAUCGACAGCCAACCAAGAAUCAGUUUCUCCCCAGGAUGAAAGAGAACAGCUCACAGCCCGCGAACGACGCGCCUUGCGGCAAGGCAAGUCCAUCGACCGGCCCGGCGAGCAAGAGCCCGCUGCAGCCCGUAUCCCCCCAACCCGUGGCAAGAAAGCCAAAGACAAGCGCGCCGCCACCAAAUACGCCCACCAAGAUGAUGAGGAACGUGAAUUGGCCCUCCGACUCCUAGGCUCCAGCAAAGGCAAAGCCGCAAAAGCCGCCCAGGCCGCUGAAGCCAAAGCCCAGCGCGAACGCGAAGCUGAGGCCCAAAAGGCACGCCGCCGCGCCCAGCAUGAGCGCGCUGCGGAAGCAGAGCGCAAGCGCCAGGCCCAAUUCGCCGACGACGGCGCCGACGACUACAACGAGGAAAUGGCCGCCGCCGAAGCCGCGGAUCUCAGCUGGCUGCCCGCGCUGGUCGGCACCCCGACGCCGGAUGACGAGAUCCUUGCUGCGAUCGCAGUGUGCGCGCCAUGGGCGGCGCUGGGCCGGUACAAGUACAAGGUGAAGCUGCAGCCGGGUGCGGUGAAGAAGGGCAAGGCUGUCAAGGAGAUAGUUGGGCGGUGGGUAUCGGAGACUACGACGGGCAAGGUGAAGAAGGAUCAUGCGGAAGAUGCGGGCAUUCCACGGGCUGAUGCGGAGAAGCUGCGGGCUAGAGAGGGCGAGUUGAUUAAGGGGUGGAAGGAGACGGAGAUCAUUAAUACCAUGCCUGUGGGGAAGGUGCGCAUUAUGACACCUGGUAGCAGUGGCGGAGGAGGUGGUGGUGCGGAUAAAGGGAAGAAGAGUAGCGGCGGGGGGAGAGGAGGAAAGGGUGGGAAGAAGAGAUAA